AUGGCAGGAGCAAUCUUCGUCAACGAAGCAACCGCCGGACUUGUGAACCUCCUUCCGGACAUGGAUAGGGACGUUGUGGUCAACGCCAUUGCUGGAACCAGCAGCGAUCUGUUCGAGGCGUUGUCGGAAAAGCAGCAGACAGAUGCCCUCGCAAUCAUCGUUCGGGCAAUUGACAACACCUACAUUCUCCUAAUCGCGGCUGGUGCCUUGGGAGUUCUCCUUUCCGUGUUCCUGAAGCGGGAGAGACUUUUCAUGACGGUCGCAGCAGGAGGUGCCUGA